AUGUGUUUUGUGAAAGUUUUCGUUACAUUUUCUUGCAUUACAUUUGCUGGAUCAAGCAUUGAACCAUUUGAGGCAACAGAAGAAGCUCUGUUAUCAAAAAUAAUUGCAGACAUUUGUGAAGAAUUUUUCAUCAAAGAAUCAAUAGAAUUUAAUGUAAUUGUUUAUGGUCGAAGGACACGUCAUUUUGAUGACAUUUUGGAUGAAUUUUUGAGACUUAACAGUGAAAACUUUUUAAAAAAUGUACAGCAUGUUGAGAAUGUGUUCAACUGGAACCACAAAUUUGAGGAUUCUGCUGUAAUUUUGCUUCAUGAGCUGGAAGAUUUGAGAUAUUUAAAUGCACAUGCAAAAUUCACAAAUCAGUUGCCAAAAACUCUAAAGUUUCUGAUUUAUUGUCAAAAUGAUGGCAAUUUAUUGGAAGCUAGUAAACUUCAAUUCUACAUGUCAGAUUCACCAGAUAUUUCUUCGUUUGAGUAUUUUAUCGUCAACGAGAAUUCAACAAUUGAGCUCAAAACUUUCGAUUAUUUUAUGGACAAUGCUUGCAACCAAAAAAGCAUUAGAAUCUUAAAUUCGUUCAAUAAAACUACGGAAAAUUGGACCAAAAAACUCAAGAACUACAGAAACUUUGAGAAUUUUAACGGUUGCAUGCUGACAUGCACUGACGAGUACAAUGUCUACCUUCAUCUCGACAGAAAUAAUUCAGAUCUGAUCAAAUGUGUUAGAUCAGAUGAGCUUAAUAAUCCAUGCUUUAAUCUCUUUUUAAACAUAUUAAGCAAUUCUAAUAUCGGAUAUCGUGGAAUUACUUAUGAAAUUUUUGAAAUUCUCGGAAAACUUGGAAACUUUACCACAAAUUAUCAGUUUUCUGACAACAAUUACAUAAUUUCAAAAUCUAAAACAAUUAUUUAUCAAGCAAUUACAAUCUUCAAAGUUGGUCAAUUUAAGGAAUUGUCAGAAAACACGCACAUGUCGUCAAUAUUUUUUGACAUUCCAGUUGGAAUUUUCAUAAGUCCACCUGAGUUUUAUACUAAUUUUGAGAAGCUCUUGUUGCCAUUUGAUGCCAUGACCUGGAUUUUUCUUGGCAUUAUGUUCAUAACAACCACAACUUUCUUAGCUGUAAUGAGAUUAAUGCCAGUAACUUUGAGAAAUAUCUUCUAUGGAGAAGGCAUUCAAACACCUGGACUGAAUGUGAUUAAAAUAUUUUUCGGAAUCGGUCAAACUAAGCUGCCAAAUGAGUCAAUUUUGAGGUUUAUUUUAAUUUUGUUUGUGAUGUUCUGCUUGAUUAUGAGGACAUGCUAUCAAAGUAAAAUGUUUGAUUUCAUCACUAGCGAUAUGAGGAAGCCACCACCGAAGACACUUGAGGAAGUUAUUGAGCAUGGAUACACGAUAGUGCUUUUAGACUAUUCAGCUCUUUAUCAUACUUUAUAUAAUGAAGUCAGAAUGAUAAGUCGAACUGCCAAAGUUCAAUUCGUUUUCGAAAGUGAAAGACUCGAGCGUCUCUAUUGCAGCAGCAUUCACAAUUCGUCAGACAAACUUGCCUUUUUCUUGCCCACAAAACUAGUCAAUUCUUAUAGUUCAUCAUGUCAUGGCUCAUUAGCACCGAUCAAAAACUUUCACAUGAAUACUAUUCCAGGUGCUUUUGCAAUGACCAAGAAUAGCAUUUUAUAUCCAUAUUUUGAGGAUGUAAUGGAGAAGCUGAUACCUUCUGGAAUUCCACAAUAUUUGCCAGACUUUCAUGCAUUUUUGUUGUAUGGAAAUUAUAAGAAUUUAGAUAUGGAAACGUUGAAAGUUUUGACACUCGAUGAUUUAAGUUUUGGAUUUAUUUUGUGGCUUAUUGCUUGUGCAAUAUCAAUGAUAGGGUUUUUGAUCGAAAUUGUGUUUGCAAGCAUAAGAGUAAUUUUAGGUCUUGUUGGUGGAAAUGCUUCAAAAACAUUACGUCACAUAGAUGACAUGUUCAAUUGGGACCUUAUACUUGAAGAUUCUGCUGUAAUCUUCCUUUAUAAUUUGUCUUACUUAAAUUAUCUAAAUUUAAACUCAAAAUUAUCAAACGAAUCACCAAAAAUGCUCAAAUUUGUAAUUUAUUGUCAAAAAAACAAUGAAAUUGGUGAAGUUUCUGGAAUAAAGUUUUACGACUCGGAUUCUCUUCAAUUUCUAUCAUUGGAGUAUUUUGUGGUCAAUCAGAAUUCAACAAUUGAGCUGAAAACUAUCGAUUAUUUUAUGGACAAUGCUUGCAACCAAAAGAGCAUCAGAACCUUAAAUUCAUUUAACAAAACCACCAGAAAAUGGAGCAAAAGACUCAAAAUCUACAGAAACUUUGAGAAUUUUAACGGUUGCAUGCUGACAUGUACAGAUGAAUACAAUGUCUACCUUCAUUUUGAUAAAUACAAUUCAGACCUUGUCGAAUGUUUAAGAUUAAAUGAAUCAAUUUAUAAUUGCUUUACUGUUUUUACAAAAAUUGCAAAUCAUUUUGAUGUCGGUGUCCGUGGAAUUACUUACGAGGUUUUUGAGAUUCUCGGAAAACUUGGAAACUUUAUUAAAAAUUAUCAAUUUAUUGAUGGAAAUGUCUUUAUUGGUAAAAAUGGAUAUACGAUUAAUCAAAAAAUUACAAUCUUCAAACUUGGACUUUUUAAGGAACAUUUGGAAAACUCGCACAUGUCUUCAAUAUUCUUUGACAUUCCAGUUGGAAUUUAUUGCAGUCCAACUGAGUUUUAUACCAAUUUUGAGAAGCUAAUGCUUCCGUUUGAUGCUACAACUUGGAUUUUGCUAGUUGUAGUCUUUUCAACAGCUAGGACAACAAUUUUUAUCAUGCGAUUCACUCCUAAAUAUUUCCAAACAUUCUUCUAUGGAUAUGGAAUACAAAAUCCUGGAUUGAAUGUUACUCAAAUAUUUUUUGGAAUCGGCCAAACUAAGCUCCCAAAUGAGUCAAUUUUGAGAUUUAUUCUCAUAUUUUUUGUGUUGUUCUGCUUAAUCAUGAGGACAUGCUAUCAAAUUGGGAUUUAUGUAAGUCCAACUGAGUUCUAUUCAAAUUAUGAGAAGCUAUUGCUGCCAUUUGAUGAUACGACUUGGAUUUUAUUAGUUGCAAUAUUUUUAACAACUACAAUUUUCAUUUUUAUCAUGAGAUUUUUGCCGAGACAUUUAAGAGACUUUUUCUAUGGAAAUGCAAUUCAAACUCCCGGACUGAAUGUCACACAAAUAUUCUUCGGAAUUGGACAGACGAAGCUACCGAAUGAAUCGAUUUUGAGAUUUAUUCUAAUAUUUUUUGUGAUAUUCUGGCUGAUUAUAAGGACAUGCUAUCAAAGUAAGAUGUUUGAUUUCAUCACUAGCGACAUGAGAAAGCCAACUCCAAAGACACUUGAUGAAGUUGUUGAACAGGGAUAUACAGUUGUGUUCCUUGACAAUGCAGUGAUUUAUAAGGCUUUAAAUAAUGAGGUUUUGAGGAGUAGUACGAGCUUAAAGUCUAUAUUCUUACAUCCUGGAGACUUCCUACAGUCCUACUGUCAAAGUCGCUUCAAUUCAUCAGCAAAAUUAGCUUUUUUAAUGGAAAUCAGCAUGAUGAACUCAAUAAGCUCAAUAUGUGAAGGUUCCUUAAGUCCUGUUAGAAAUUUUCACAUGAAUGCCAUUCCUGGUGCCUUUGCGAUGAACAAAAACAGCAUUUUGUAUCCAAUUUUUGAUGAUGUUAUGAAAAAAUUGAUUCCAUCGGGAAUUCCGCAAUAUUUGCCUGACUUUCAUUCAUUUCUACUGCAUGGGAUAUUUGUGAAUUCGGAUGGAUAUGAACCGAAAAUUUUGAGCUUUGAGGAUUUGAGUUUUGGAUUUGUGUUAUGGCUUAUUGCUUGUAUUGUUUCAACUAUUGGAUUUUUAGUUGAAUUUUUUAUUGGACAUUCUUCAAAAAUUGUAUCAGAAUUUAUUGGUUUGGCAUUCAUGUUGCAAAAAGUUCAAAGCACAAAUACCAAUUUAAAUUAG